CAGGGUUAGGGGCACUGCUGUUGGGCGGGGGCUGGGACUUCAAAAACGAUUAUGACACAAUUCCCUCCCGAAAAGUGUGCACACACCUGUGGGAGCCACGUGCAGAAGCAGAUGGUAGCACCCACAUGGAUAGCUAAGGGAGCAUAAAGAGGCGUGGAGAUCAGUCUUGUGCAGGGGCUGGGGCCAUCAUAGAGGGCUUUUUGAAGGAGGUAACAUCCUAAACUGGUCUGAGUAAACCUGCCAGAGGGCAGAAUUACUUGGUGCGUUCUGGAGACACACAGGUACUUGGGGCUCCCAGGUGAGUACAGAGAGUGGGGGGACAGGCAGGGCCAGAUCCACGUGGAGCCCUGUACAACCUCUGAGAAGCACAGCUGUUAUAGGUAGGGCACUGGGAGCCCUCAGAUCGGGCGCAGCUGAUGGAGAGUGAAUUUGACACUACCUAGGGCAGAUGAGGUCUGAAAGCAGCUGCAGUAGCCCAGGAGAGAUAGUAAGGCCUGAGCUAAGGCUGGACUUGUGGAUGAGAAGGGAACAGAACCCAGAGAUAGGUAUAGAGAGUAACGUGAUAAGACAUGGGAGGGAGAAGACAAGGAAGGUGGGAAGAAGCCUUGUUUGGGUUACUAUAGACCCAAGAGAAGCAUGUCAAGAGCCCUGUAGAGAGAACUCAGGAGCCAGCCAGAGACCCUCGGUGUGAAACCAGGUUGUUUAUGAACACAGUUCAAAGGUAAAAACAAAAUGUCGGAAUUCUCUCUCUCUCAUGCUACCCUACUAGAUUUUGAAUAUUUGAAUUUUCCAUCAAAAGAAUGUCAAAUGACACCAUAAAAUCAGAAUAUUCAUCUAAAAUGCAUCAGAAAAACGAUCCACAGCAAAUCUUUGAUAGGACAUUUUUCAUUGAUGCUUCUAAUCAGACCUUGACUACCAUUCCACUAGAGAUCUUAGAAUUAAGAGAAUUAGAAGAAGUGCAUCUGGAAAAUAACCAGAUCGAAGAAAUCCCCCAGGAUAUUCAGCAUUUAAAGAAUGUCAAAAUCCUCUAUCUGAACAAGAACAAGCUGAGCGAGCUGUGCCCCGAAAUGGGGAAACUGAGCAACCUGGAGGGCCUGGACCUGAGCGACAACCCCCUACUCUCCUCUUCCCUUCGGGUCCUCAGUUGCAUCCGCACACUGCGCGAGCUCCGCCUCUACCACAUCAACCUGAGUGAGAUCCCCAUCGAAAUCUGUAAACUCCUUCACCAUCUAGAGCUGCUCGGGCUGGCCGGAAAUCACCUGAAAUUUCUGCCCAAGGAAAUUGUGAACCAGACCAAACUGAGGGAGAUCUACCUGAAGCAAAAUCAACUUGAAAUUUUCCCGCCUGAGCUCUGUGUUCUCUACAACCUGGAGAUCAUUGACCUGGAUGAGAACAAAUUAACGGUCAUCCCAGAAGAGAUAGGGGACCUGCCGAGGCUGCAGAAGUUCUAUGUGGCUCAUAACAGCCUGUACUUUCUACCCGAAUCGCUGUGCCAGUGUAGCAAAUUGUCGGUGCUGGAUUUGUCCUACAAUCGCCUCCACUCCAUCCCGCGCACCCUGGAGGAGCUCUCCGAGAUGACGGAGCUUGGGCUGAGCGGGAACCCAUUGGAGAAGGUGCCGCGCCUGCUCUGCAAGUGGACCUCGCUGCAUCUACUCUACCUGCGCAACACCGGCCUGCGAGUGCUGCGGCGCUCGUUCAAGCGGCUGGUUAACCUGCGCUUCCUCGAUCUCAGCCAGAACCAUCUGGAAAACUGUCCGUUGCAGAUAUGUGCGCUGAAGAACCUGGAAAUCCUGGCGUUGGAUGAUAAUAAAAUAUGGCAGUUACCUUCAGACUUCAUCUCACUUUCAAAACUGAAGACGCUUGGACUAACUGGGAAUCAGUUCCUUUCAUUUCCGGAAGAAAUCCUUUCUUUAGAGUCUUUAGAGAAAUUAUACAUUGGGCAAGAUCAGGGAGCCAAGCUCACCUAUGUGCCAGAACACAUUAGGAAACUACAGAGUCUUAAAGAGCUGUAUAUAGAGAAUAACCAUCUGGAAUACCUGCCAAUAUCAUUAGGAUCAAUGCCUAACCUGGAGAUUCUUGAUUGCCGCCACAAUCUGCUUAAGCAACUUCCAGAUGCCAUCUGCCAAGCACAAGUUUUGAAAGAAUUACUGCUUGAGGACAACUUGCUCACCCAUCUUCCAGAGGAUUUGGAUCGUCUAGUAAAUCUAAAGGUUCUGACACUGAUGGACAAUCCCAUGGAAGAACCCACAAUAGAAGUGUGCGCCGAAGGCAAAGAGGCUAUACUGACAUAUCUGAAGGAGAAAAAAAAAAAGAAAUUCAUGGCAACAAAGAUUCAAGCAUGGUGGCGUGGAAUAAUGGUACGGAAAGGACUUGGAAGAUAUGAUGAACUGCUAAAAUUACGAAAGAAAGGAAAGAAUUCUCCAAAAGAUAAGAAAGGAAAGAAGGAUGUAAAAGAAAAGCCUGCAAAGGGAAAGAAGAAAUAAUUCUACAAAUUAAUGGCUUGAGAUAAUGAACCCUGAUGGAUUAAGAAGGCAAAAUAUAUAGAAAUUCGAUGCCUACCACACAAAAAUUAUUUGUAGAAUUAUGGUUAUGUAUAAAAAUAAAGAUUAUU